GGAAUAGGAGGAGCUGUUGAGUCCAAGCUGGGAGCUGAUUGCACAGAUUCGGAGUCUGAUUCGAAUGAGUACUCAGAUUCAGGUUGGGGACGAGGACUCAGAAUGAGUGGCAGGUGGCGUCACAGUCGUCUCACUCGGGCCCAGAAUGUUUUACUCACGAGCACAAAAGAUUUUGGCGCGGCUUAAAGAACAUAAUGCAGAUAAUUUUGUUCAAGGAGUAAACCAUGCAAUUGAGCAAAAUGAACAAUUGGCUUUGGAAGUAAACAAUCCAGAAAUAAUACUUGAAGCGGAUACAAAUAUUUUAAAUAAUGAAAGUACUAAAGAAUUUUACAACUUGCAGCCUGUACAGCCCUCGCCAUCAACUUCGUUUAAUAAUAUGGAAGAGUUGUCAAACCAUCGAACAGAUACUAAUGAAACAGGCAUACUUAACCUCUCUGCAUCAACAUUAAACUUCAUUGAUGAAUGUUUAAGCAAUGAUUCAUUAACAAUAAAUGAAAUUGAUUUGGGCCAUUAUUUAUCAUCACCAGGCAAUGCUGAGAAUUUUGUUGAAAAUGACAGCGUUGACAAAAACCUGCAUGAAGAGACUCUGAUUAGAAAGGGUUUCAUGUGCUAUCAUUGUUCAAUAGUUUUUGAAAACAAAAAAGUGUUAAGACAACACAUAACCAAACGACAUAUGGUUUUAGAAGAAUCUGAAUCAGAAGAUGAAAUAAACUUGAUUCAAAAUGAUGAAAUAGGACUUCAGCAUAAGAAACAGAGAAAAAUUAACAAUGAAAACAAGGCGACUACUAUGAAAAAGCGUCAAGAAAGAAAAUGUUUAAGGGUUGCAGGAAAAUCGUACGUAAGUGUGAAGGGAAGCGUGAUAAAAAAGAAAGAAAAACCAAUUUUUUCAUGCACCAACUGCCCUCUAAAAUGUAGUACCAAAUUUUCUGAAAACGAAAAGGAUGAAUUUUUCUUAGCAUUUUGGAAAAUGGGCGAGGAUGACAAGAAUCAAGACAGACAACGACAGUAUGUAGCAAGCCAUGUAGUCGAAGCAGAGCCUGAAAGACGUCGAGUAAAUAUUAUUUCUCGAAAAAAACGCAGCCUCCACUACUACUUAGAAAAGGAUACCGAGCGUGUACGUGUUUGUCGCAAAUUCUUUUUCUCAGUUUUUUCAAUAACUGAAAAGUUUGUAAGAGUCAGUCUAGAAAAAAAGAAUGAUGUUGGGAUUGUGUCAGUAGAUGGGAGGGGUAAACAAUCAUCUGCCAACAAAAUUCCUGCAUGGAUUGAAGAACAUGCUCGUAAGCACAUCCUCUCAUUUCCUACAGUGGAAUCACACUACUGUAGGAAAUCGAGCAAUAAGCUUUACUUAUCAUCUCAAUUGAAUAUUGAAAAAUUGUAUACUCUUUAUGAGGAAAAAUGUAAAGAGGAUAACUUAGCAAUAACGGUUGAAAAUGAAAACUCUAACUCAGAAACUAUGAAGUCACUGAUAAAGCCUGUGUCAAAAUCACAGUACAAAGUUUACUUUUACUCGUAUGGUAAUCUUAGGUUUCAUAAACCUAAAAAAGACCAGUGCAACAUCUGCAAUCGUUACGAAUCAUUGUCUGUUGAAGAGAAAGAAACUGAGAAAGACCAACAUAAUAAACAUUUGAAAAACAAAGAGAGAGUUCGUGAAAUAAAAAAAGAAAAAAUCAAUGAGUGUAAAGAUAGUAAUGGGAGAAAAACUGUUGCUAAUUUUGAUCUUCAGGCAGUUCUUGAGUGUCCUAAAGGCCAAGUGUCUUCUAUUUUUUAUAAAAGAAAACUGGCCGUGUAUAAUUUAACAGUAUUUGAUCUUACAUCCAAAGAAGGAACAUGCAACUUGUGGGAUGAGAUUGAAGGAAACAGAGGCUCAACAGAGAUAGGAACCUGUAUCUUCAAUUAUAUUAAAGACCACCCAAACAUAGAAGAAUUCUUUUUCUUAAGUGAUAGUUGUGGUGGUCAAAACCUAAACCAGUAUUUUUCUACUGCACUUUUGCAUGCUGUGCGACUAACAAGUUGUCAAGUUAUAGAUCAUGUGUUUUAUGAACCAGGCCAUUCACAACAAGAGGGUGAUGCGAUGCACUCUACCAUAGAAAGGGCUUCAAAAAACAUACAGGUUAAUGUGCCUUCUGAAUGGGGUAUUAUUUGCCAGACUGCAAGAAAGACACCGGAACCUUACAAAGUUGUGUAUUUUAAUCAUGAGGCUUUUAUUGACAGGACUGAAUUGGCAAGCACAAACAAAGAUACCCAAAGAUAUAAAACUGUAUCUGGUAAAGUUGUACAGUGGAGGAAGAUAAAAUGGUUCAGGUAUUUGAAAAGUAAACCAGGUUCAAUUUUUUUUAAGUACGAAUACAAUGAUGAGCUUUUUCAUGAGAUAAUAAUGAAAAGUGUUGGUAGGCCAAAUCUUUUGAAAUUAGAAAACCUUCCUAAGGCCUACAAAACCCGUCUACCAAUAUCGGAGCUAAAAUUUAAAGACCUAAGUUUAAUGGAUCUCUGUAAAUCAAGAGUAGUUCCUGUACACCACCACAAGUUUUUUGAAGAACUUCCUAAAGAAGUGAAAACCACCAGCCGGAGGGACAAGAAAAAGAAAAAAUAAGUGCUUCCUUAACAUUUUCCUUUUAGUCUAUGUUGUAAAUGUUAAGACACUAAAAUAUUUUUUGAUAAUGGUGUAAUUGUAUGGCUCAAUAAAUUUGUACUUUUU